ACCCCCCCCCCCCCGCCCGGUCAGAAUAACCUGUGCGUAGGGCUUGGGUCUGCCAUUUUUAAGCUAGAAGUGUUAUAUAAAUUUGUCGUCCUGUUAAUCGAUUGAGCCUAACGGCAUGGUUUGUCAGCAGGGGGAACAUGGAGAGUUGCUUAAUGUUCAGAUUACCUUAAAACCACGCUGAUCCUGCGAUGAGUGAAAAAGAGUUUGUCAGUGAGUGGGACACAGCCUGGCUAAUUUUUAAAAAGUCUUUACAAGGCUGGAAAUGUGGUGGUGAGAGCUGGUGAGAGCAGAUUUUCUGCUUUUCGUAUUCUCCUGGGUACUCUCACAAUUUAUUAAAAUGAUCGUUCUAAGUACGCUUGCAGAAUCAAAUAAAAAGGAAUAAAAUAGUUGGAGCAUCGCCAACAGGACCGCAUUUUCCAGGAAGGGCAGAUUUUCCCUGAAGGAGGUUGAACUGUCGACCCGGAACCACGAAACACAGGAACGAAGGACUGACGGGAACACCGCCACGGGGCACCCUGCAGUCAGCCCUCCCCUGCCCCCCGCCUUCUUGCCGGCUCGAAAGUCUACUUUGGUUCCCGCCCCUUUCCUCUUGGGCUUUCGAAUCCCUUCCCCCUCCGCCAUUUCCGGAUGGGAACCUUUGUAAAUUUCUUUCACUUUGGAGGUGGGACCGAUUUCGUCAACACAAUCCGGAGUGGUUAACAUGGCGGCGGCCGUAAGAUGCUUCGGUAGAGUCUUGAUACAUCAUCGAAGGCAUGGCCUUUCCAGGGUGGCUUCUCAGACGUCUCUUUAUCCUUGUUCCAUAUACAUUCCAGUGCCUAACAGGUAUUUUGCAGCCGCUGCGAAGCCUGCAAAGAAAACAAAAAAAGGUAGUAAAGAAAAAGCAUCAAAUGAGAAGAAAGAUGAUAUAGAAAAAAUAAAGUCAUAUCCUUUUAUGGAAGGGGAACCUGAAGACGAUGUCUACCUAAAACACUUAUACCCAAGGCAGAUAUAUGAGAUGGAGAAAGCUGUUCACUUACUUAAGAAGUUUCAAGUUUUGGACUUUACAAAUCCAAAGCAAGGUGUUUAUCUUGAUUUGACACUGGAUAUGACACUGGGGAAGAAGAAAAAAGUGGAGCCAUUUACCAGUGUUCUUAGUUUGCCAUACCCAUUCAUUUCAGAAAUGAGUAAAGUUGCCGUAUUUACAGAGAAUGCAUCAGAAAUUAAAAUAGCAGAAGAAAAUGGAGCUGCAUUUGCAGGAGGAACUAAUCUCAUUCAGAAGAUUUUGGAUGAUGAAAUUCAAGCAGAUUUUUAUGUAGCUGUUCCAGAAAUAAUGCCCGAGCUUAAUCCAUUAAGGAAGAAACUGAAAACAAGAUUUCCUAAGUUUAAUCGAAAUUCUGUUGGCCGGGACAUCCCCAAAAUGCUUGAAUUAUUUAAAACUGGACUUGAAAUUAAGGUAGAUGAAGAAAGGGAGAACUUUCUGGAGACCAAAAUAGCAACACUGGAUAUGCCAAGUGACCAGAUAGCUGCCAAUCUGCAAGCCGUUAUCAAUGAAGUUUGUAGGCAAAGACCACUGAAUUUGGGACCUUUUGUGGUACGUGCUUUCCUUCGAAGUUCAACAAGUGAAGGUUUGUUACUAAAAAUCGAGCCAUUGUUGCCUAAAGAAGCGGAAACCAAAGAAAGUGACGAAAAAGCUGCGUAAACGUGUGAAAUUAUUCUCACUGGAUCGAGAAGCAACAGUGAAAAUUGUAAAACUGUCUAAGUUUGGUGUCUUAUUAUUGAUCAUCAUACGUGACAGUAAAUUUUAACCCUGGAAAAUCUUAGAACACUUUCAAAAAUAAGGAAAUAAAAUUUGCUGUGUGUCUAAACCUACCUUUUAGAUCCUGUUAUAUUUUCUUCCUAAGAAUUCAGAUUCUGCAUGCUGGUAAUUAUAGCAGCAAUUUCUAGCUUAAUAACUGUCCCUUGAGAGCUAUACCAUCUGAGAGAAAAGUAAGGUCCUCAUUUCCCACAGACAGAAAAUGGAAGAACUGUGGGCUCUUUCACAUAUAUGACUCUUCUAAAGAAAAAUUAUGGACAGUCUUCGUUCUGGAAACUUGUGAAUGUUUUUUGUGAUAGCAUGAGUAUAGAAAAUGACUAAUCCAUUAAAACGGCUGGGAAAUGUUUUUCCUCUUAGGAAUCAGUUUAUAUUAUUUGUAUUUUUUGUAAUAA